AUGGCAAAUGAGGGGAACUAGAAACCGCAGUUCUCCCUAGAAGAGAAGAUGAAAGUUGUGGAAGUUGUAGACUUAGGCAAAAAGAAAGGCGAUGUUGCAAAAGAAUUUGGUAUCACUCCUCCUACUUUGUCUAUGUUCUUAAAGAAUCGGACCAAAUUUGAAGAAAAGGUGCAGGAGGCAUCUGUGGGACCCUGGCAGAAAAGGUUAAGGAGUGCUCUUUAUGAUGACAUUGUUAAGGCUGUUUUUGUUUGGUUUCAAGAAAUCCAUGCCAAAAACAUUCUUGUGACUAGUUCUGUCAUUCAAGCACUAAACUUGGCCAACGUGCUAAGCUAUGACAAUUUUCAAGCAAGUAUGGGCUAGAUAAACAGAUUUAGAGAUCGCCAUGCAAUUGCUUUGAAAGCAAUCUGUAGAGAGGAUAGUGACAUGUUAAUGAAUGGUCUAGGGAUAGAUAAGGUUAAUGAGUGGCAUGCAGGGGAAUUUAUAAAACUGAUUGCUGACUAUAGCCCAGAAGAUAUCUUUAAUACUAAUGAGACAGGAGUGUUUUUCCAGUUGCUUCCCCAGCACACACUUGCUGCUAAAAGGAAUCAUUGUAGAGGAGGUAAGAAAGCAAAGCAGCAGUUGACAGCACUCUUUUGUUGCAAUGCUUCAGGGACUGAAAAAAUGAGACCAUUGAUUGUUGGUAGGUCAGCCAACCCACACUGCCUCAGGAACGUCCAUUCCCUCCCUCAUGAUUGCCAAGAUUGGGCGUGGAUGACAAGGGAUCUGUUUAAUGAGUGGUUGCUGUAAGUGGAUGGUGAAGCAAGCAGAACACCAAUCCUCCUGCUCAUCAACAACUGCCCUGCUCACAAUAUGCUUCCCCACUUGGAAAGGAUUCAGGUGGCGUAUCUGUCCACAAACUGUACUGCUGUCCUGCAACCACUGAACCUUGGCGUAAUUCAUACCAUGAAAGUGCUGUACAGGAGCCGUCUUCACCUCCUCCAGCUCAACAGCGAGGAUCAAGAGAAGGUGAACAUCCAGCAUGCCAUGGACAUGAUUGCAACAGCAUGGUGGUCAGUCAAGCCAUCCACAGUGGUGAGAUGUUGGCAGAAGGCAGGCAUCAUCCCUGUGGAACUUACAGAUUCUGACACAGCAGCAGUAGAUGGUGGACCAGACAUUGCCCUCAAAAAGUUGUGGCACUCAGUGGCUGUUAGCACCUGUGUCCCCAGUGAAGUAAAUUUCCACGACUUUGACACUGCAGAUGAUGAUCUCGUCAUCUCCCCAGAGCUGAUUGACACAGAGAUCAUCCAGGGCAUGAUGCCUGAUGAAAAUACUGCUGAAGCUGGACGUGACAAUGAAGAGGAGCUAUCUUUACCAGAGCAGCCCCAAAUCACAAUUAUAGAGGCCAUCUCAAGUGUACAGAAACUUAGACAGUUCCUUUCCACUUGCAUAGAUGUUCCUGAUGCCAUUUUUAGACAGCUAAAUGGCAUAGAUGAAUAUUUAAUGAAAAGAUUAACACAAACUCUUGUUGAUUCCAAAAUUAUGGAUUUCUUCUAA